CACAGCUUUCCAUGUUCUUGUUAUCUUCUUCUUCUUCCUUCCUUCUCUCAUUUCAGUCUUCAGGUAUGCAUAUGUUCUCUCCCUCUCCAUUGCUAUGGUCUCUCCUUGAUCUAUGUCAGAGCUGAUUGUCUGUAACUGCGGCUGCUGUUGCAGUCCUCACACUGGUAAAAAUUUGGGGCCAUUUUGACCGGUCAUGGCGUCUCUGAACCUGUCUGCUUGCUUCGACGUUUACGACCCGAAGAAACUCAAUCUGCCCGCGGAGUCAUUUCAAUGGCACGAGCGUAGCUCGGUUUUCUCGAUCACGAGUUCGAUGCACAAUGUGGGCUGUUGCAGGGCGUAUGCAUUCAGCAGCUCACAUUCUUCCAGCAGGGCCAGCAAGCAGGUUAGGGUUUCUCCAUUGGAGACUGGCGUGUCGACUGAGUGUGGUUCUAAUCUGGGGCAUGUUGAAAGUUCAGAGACGGUGGAAGUGGAUAAUUCGGCUAGCGAGAGGUCAAACCCUAGGGCGAGGGGUCCUGUAAAGGGAGAAUCCGAGAGAGGAGUGAAUUCGAAUCGCAGUUGUUGGGUUCGUGAUGAAUUUGAUGCCAAUUUGAGCCUGGAGGAGUGUAAUUCAAUUUUAAAACGGCUCGAGAGAGGUUGCAACAAAGAUAACGAUGACAGGGCUAUUAGGUUCUACGAGUGGAUGAGGAGCAGUGGGAAACUGAGGGGAAAUGCAACUGCUUAUAGUCUGAUUCUUCGUGUCCUGAGUAGGAGGGAAGAAUGGGAUAUGGCGGAGGAGGCUGUGCAUCAGAUGAAAGAAGAUUCUGGUUGUGAAUUGGACUUCAGGGUUUUCAAUACUUUGAUUUACUCUUGCUAUAAAAAGGGUCGGGUCAAGAUAGCCGGGACGUGGUUUAGGUUGAUGUUAGAGUACAGGGUCGAGCCUAAUGUGGCAACCAUUGGUAUGAUGAUGAGUCUUUACCAGAAGAGUUGGAAAGUUGAAGAUGCAGAGUUUACGUUUGCCCUUAUGAGGGAACAGGGGAUCCAAUGCCAAUCUGCCUACUCGGCAUUGAUCACGAUUUACACUCGUUUGAGAUUGUACGAUAAGGCUGAAGAUGUUAUUGCACUAGCUAGAGAAGAUGGGAUAGUUCUGAAUUCGGAGAAUUGGCUAGUUAUGCUUAAUGUGUAUAGUCAGCAGGGGAAGUUAGAGGAAGCUGAAAAGAUCAUGCUAUCAAUGCAAGAAGCUGGGUGUACUUUGAAUAUUGUUGCGUACAACAUGUUAAUUACUGGGUAUGGCAAGGCAUCCAAAAUCGAUGCUGCUGAACGAUUAUUUCAGCGGAUCCGAGGGAUUGGAAUGGAGCCAGAUGAAACUACUUACAGAUCCAUGAUUGAAGGCUGGGGUCGGGCAGAUAACUAUGAAAUGACCAUUUGGUACUAUAAGGAGCUCAAGUGGUUGGGCUGGAAGCCCAAUGCGUCCAAUAUGUACACACUGAUAAAUCUUCAGGCAAAGUAUGGGGAUGAGGCAACCGCUGCUGCAAUUCUUGAUGAUAUGGUAAAAAUGGGUUCGGGGUAUUCCUCGAUCCUAGGUACUCUGUUACAAGCUUAUGAACGAGCUGGAAGAAUUUCUCAAAUACCUCUGCUUUUGAAAGGGUCUUUCUACCAGCAUAUCUUAGUUAACCAGAGCUCCUGCUCAACACUCGUCAUGGCUUAUGUAAAGAAUUUCCUGUUAGAUGAUGCUAUUGCCAUUCUGUGGGACAAGCAGUGGAAAGAUCCCACUUUCGAGGACAAUCUGUAUCAUCUCUUAAUCUGCUCAUGCAAGGAGUCCGGUCGUCUUGAAGAUGCAGUGAAGAUAUAUACACAGAUGCCCAAAUUGGCGGAUAAGCCGAACGUGCACAUUGUUUCCACCAUGAUAGAUGUGUACACUGUAAUGGGCCUAUUUACAGAAGCAGAGGAAUUGUACAUGAAGCUCAAGUGCUCAAAUGUCACGCUAGAUGUGGUUGCCUUUAGCAUCGUUGUGAGGAUGUACAUUAAAGCUGGCUCCCUCAAGGACGCAUGCUUGGUCCUAGAAUUGAUGGAGAAGCAGAAAGAUAUCGUUCCUGAUGUGUUUCUGUUUCGAGACAUGCUCCGAAUUUACCAGAAACUUGAUAUGCGUGACAAACUACAGGAUGUCUACUGUCAAAUACUGAAGAGUGGUCUCACUUGGGACCAGGAAAUGUAUAAUUGUGUCAUAAACUGCUGUUCUCGUGCACUCCCUGUUAAUGAGCUAUCAAGGCUUUUCGAUGAGAUGCUUCUUCGUGGGUUCUCUCCGAACACUGUAACCUUUAAUGUGAUGCUGGAUGUCUAUGGGAAGGCAAAGCUGUUUAAGAAGUUGACGAAGGUCUUUUCAUUGGGGAGGAAACAGGGCUUGCUUGAUGUGGUCUCAUAUAACACCCUCAUAGCUGCCUAUGGACAGAAUAAGGACUUUAUGAGCAUGUCAUCUGCUGUUGAAGAGAUGCAAUUCGAUGGGUUCUCAGUCUCGCUUGAAGCCUUCAAUUGCAUGCUUGAUGCUUACGGGAAAGACGAGCAGAUGGAAAGUUUUCGAAAUGUCUUGCAGAGAUUGAAGCAGUCAAGCUGCUCUUCCGAUCACUACACGUAUAACAUUUUGAUGAAUGUAUAUGGAGAGCAAGGAUGGAUCGACGGAGUUGCCAAGGUGCUGAGAGAACUCAAGGAAUGUGGGUUGGGUCCCGAUUUAUGUAGCUAUAACACAUUGAUUAAGGCAUAUGGGAUCGCUGGGAUGGUUGAGGAUGCUGUUUCUCUGGUUAAAGAAAUGAGGGAGAAAGGAAUAGGACCUGAUAAGGUAACAUAUAUAAAUCUGAUCGCUGCUCUGAAGAGGAAUGAUAAGUAUUUGGAGGCUAUAAGGUGGUCCUUGUGGAUGAAACAGAUGGGACUGUGAGAUGUAAAGUCUGAUCUGCAUUACCUUUCCAGUGCUGUCAUCCUCUACAUCUUGGGAGGAUGAGAUUUGUUUUCGGCUAUUCCGACGGAUUGAUCCUUCCAAAUAUUCUGCCAAUGGAACAGGGGAUGCUAUUGAAAGAGCUGCUCCGUGUUUUGCCAUCAUUUUAUAGUGAAUCCAUUAUACAAUUUUUGGAAGGCUAUUUCUGCUCUCUUUUCAGGAUGCGAUUAUCAGGCAAAAGAGCUUGCCUUUUUCCUGAUCGCUGAAGCAAGGAGGUAGCCUCUUUAGGUGCUCAUGAAGCAAAGUAGUCAUCAAGGUGCAGAAAGCAGGAUUGUUGGUUCUUUUCGCUUCUCGGGGUAAACUAGAAGAGCAGAAACUGUUUUCAAGUACUUGUUUAACUUCGGGAAAUUACAUUGCAACAUCCAUUGAAGUGUCAAUUGCAAACAGUGUGUUUGUUAUCGCAGAAAUUGUUCGAGAUGAGUCCUGUGAACAAUUUCCUGAAGCCGGUUUCGGAAGAACGUCAAUGCAAUGCCUGAACAAGUUGUUACUUAUUUUCAAUAUAGAAAAAGUCUAAACUGAACCAUGCCUUUAAAGUGGUCCCAAGACCCGCAUUAUGUAGCAAGGAUAUAUGUGGACUGAGUUUUUAUUGGCCGAAGGUUUUCAUUGAUC